UAAAGAGUAACAGCCAAAGGUCAAUUUGGUGUAGCUGUCCGACACGAAAACUCAAUGUCACUUUCCUGGAAAAGAGCUUUCCGUAUGGGAGUCAACAGAUUCUUGAGCUCUAUCCCCAUAUCUGCAAAAAAAUCUUAAAAGUUAGUUAAGCUUGUUCAACUUUGCUUUCUUGUGAGCUAAAGCUGUUGGACACUCCCAUCUCUUCCCUCCCUUUUCCUUACCCUGACCUUCUCUUCAUUUUUUUUCUUCCUGAAGAAUCCUGUAAUGUUGUUUUAAGAGAUUAUGGCCUUGUUUGGAAGUCCAGGAAAGUUGAGUGGACUGCUACUGAGAGUGGGACAGUGUUCUUUUGCUGCUGCUUCAAUUGGAGUCAUGGUUUCUGCUCCUGGUUUUUUUAACUCCACUGCCUUCUGCUAUUUGAUAGCAUCAAUGGGGCUUCAAGUUCUAUGGAGUUUUGGACUAGCAUGCCUUGAUCUGCAUGCUCUAAGGUCAAAGAGAAACCUCCAGAAUCCUAUCUUAGUGAGCCUGUUUGUUGUUGGUGAUUGGGUGACUGCUAUAUUAUCUCUUGCAGCUGCUUGCUCAUCUGCUGGAGUGACAGUUCUGUAUUCAAGAGACUUGGGUUACUGCAGGUCACCUCAUAUUCCAUGCAGCCGGUUCCAAGCAUCCAUAUUUUUGGCCUUUAUCUCAUGGUUCCUCCUUGCCAUAUCAUCUCAUGUGACAUUUUGGCUUUUGGCUGCAGUUUAAGUGAAUCCUAUUAGUACCCACCCUCCCUACUCAUUUCUUCUUUAAGUAGUACUUAUUCCUUUUUCCAGGCUACAAUACUCAUUUUCUUGGAAACUUCAUAGAUGAUCUUAGCAUGUUCUUUUGUGAGUUUGUCACUUUCACAAGAAUUUUUUUCCUUUUUCUUUAUGCAGUCAUACAAUGACAUUGUACUUAUGUUUAUUAAAUUUCGAGAGCAGAAACAACACAGACAAGAAAAUGACAGUAUCUACAAAACUCUAUUGGUUUUGAUUUUUCGAUUU